AUGAUGUCCGGUAGGAAAGUUCAGAAGGUGAUGGUGCAGCCCAUUAACCUUAUUUUCCGAUAUCUUCAAAAUCGAACAAGGAUCCAAAUUUGGCUGUACGAAGAUGUCUCUCAUCGCAUUGAAGGUUACAUUGUCGGCUUCGAUGAGUACAUGAACGUUGUUCUGGAUGAAGCUGAGGAGCUGAACGUGAAGACGCAAAGUCGCAACAAACUUGGACGUAUCUUGCUCAAAGGCGACAAUAUCACUAUGAUUCAUGCUGUUACUGUUUAG